CAGAUGUAGUGUUUGAGUGCGAACGACAAGUUCGUCCGACAUGGGGACAUCGUCGUCAAUACUUACCAUUCCCCUUCGGUGGAACAGGUUGUUUGGAAGACAGUCUCAGAGAUGUUGUACCCGCGCUUGGAGUAAUCCACUUGCUAUGGGGGCCAACCACACAGUACUAAGCAUGUUGACAAAAUCUAAUUAAUCGAACAUUGCAGUUCUAUGCUCCUACAUAGUACAUAUCCAGAGCGUACUCCUCGAGGCUGUACGUGCAUUGUGGCGAUACUGGUACCUUUGCGCCUUACACGUACAAGUACAAGUACUUGUCAUUCGGUUAGGAGGACGGACCGAGCCGCAGAGGCAUCUUGCGCUCCGCGUCAUCAUGGGGAUACUGAGUAAUGAACUGGUGGUGGCCCUGAUAUGGGUGACUGCUACUUUCGCGUCGUCUGUCCUUGUAGGCCCUUCGCCUCGCCGCGAUCUAGCAUUACGCCAAAGCUCUGUCGAAAUCAGACAAGAGAAGUCGAUAUGUCCAGAUUCAUACACGAGUCCUAAUGGGUUGCGCUUCGCAACCCACUGCAACAAGCGCAUUACUUUGGACGCGGAUGCGACUAGUAUUGUCAUGGACAACGUAGUCCACUGCAUGAAUCAUUGUUCGCGGUACUGGGGCGAUGGCGAAGGAUGCUAUGGCCUUUCCUGGCGCGAGGCCGACCACAAAUGUUAUCUCCAAACCAGUGCCAUCCUUGGAAUCACCGCAGAUAAUAUGACAUCGGACGAAGGCUUCCACAGCGCCGUCGUAAAUCCCGAGGACAUGAAACCUUUGCCUUCGGAGUGUCCCGGCGAAAAUAUGUCAACACAUGACUUUGGCAAUGGAUUGACCUACACCUUGCACUGCGACAAGAAAAUUGACGGUUACGAUACCUGCUGGGAAGGAUACAGUGACUGCAAGGGCAAGCCAUACAUUGGAUACCAUCAUACGACUAGCUUGCAAGAAUGCCUCGAGCUCUGCAUAAAGGAACGCCCACUCUGCCGAGCAGUGAUGUACAAUCCGACGCUCGAAAUCGGUUAUGCCAAUUGUUGGCCGAAAACAGGAUGGACAACUGACAGUUUAAAGACUCCGAAGGCCGCAACUGUUCAUUCAGCGGUCAUCUCCUCCAUUGAACAGAUCGAUACCAAAUGCCCCGAGGGCAAUGUGGUCAAGAACGACGAGACAACAUGGGACGUCCAAUGCGGGAAAUUCAGUUCCGGGACGAACCUCACAUCAGUCCAUGCCCAAAACAUCACCGGGUGCAUAGAUGCCUGUGCGAACAAUGGCAAUGGAUGUGUCGCGGUUAUGUUUGAUUCCAGCCUGGAGUUUGGAUAUCAGAACUGCUACCUCCAGAACACCACCUCUUUCAUAUCAGCCAAGGCCGAAGUGACAUAUGCAGUCCAGGCCGGCGUUUCCCUACCAACUUCGACCCCAUCGCCAUCUUCAUCUUCAUCUUCAUCUCCGUCGGUAGCACCGGCUUCGGGCGCAUCACCUGGUGCAGAGAACAGCCCACCUCCUGCUGAGAACAAUACCAACGGCGGGUCCCCUUCAAAGGCUUGGAUCGCUGGGCCCGUCGCUGGCGGCGUUGUGGGAUUGGCGCUAAUCGGCGUUGGACUGUUCUGGUGGCGUAGGAGAAGAAGCAGGGCUUAUGGCAUCGGCAAGAGGCAUGAAUUGGGGCCAGCCCCAGCAUAUUCACCAUACGUGCGUCCAAUGGAGUUGAGUGCCGACCAUACGGUAGAGGCGGAUGCGUCGCCUGCGAUGAAGUAUGCGAACAAGAAGAUGUUUCCUCCACAAGAAUUACCGUCAUGAAACAAGAUAGAAUGGUGGAAGCCAACUAACACCAGAUGUCUGGAAUGGUAGAUUCCAGGUACCGUUAAUUAUGUAUAUCAAAGAUGGGAAGGUGCGCCGCACCUAUGGUAUGAAUCAUGGUUUGAGAUAUCCCUUCAUGAGCUGUUCGUUGAGGACAGUCUCCAGUACACAAUGAAUGUAUAUAUAAUCAUCUAGCAUUGUGGGAAUAAUACCUAAUCAGACUUUUUAUCUCCUC